AUGCAUGACUCACCGGCACUGUGUCCCACGGGGUCUAGGCCAAUCCAGUUACCGCAUGUAGCCUCGUCGUUGGGCAAAUCAGAGCGUGGCACUAAAAGUACUCAAGAGUAUUUUAAGGCAGUAACUCCCUCGACUGACAAUCUUCGCCCCACCGCUCCCUUGAUGCCGUCGUUGCCCUCUGGGACCAGACACUGCCCUCUUGCACCAACACCGCACUCCAGCAUCGUCUGA